AUGGCUCAACCAGAUCCUAGCCAGGGCGUUCCCCAGGAACUCAUGCCCCAUGUUCAUCUCAUCUCGUCAUUUCGAUACCCGGUGAUGCCCCGGCUUGACCUGAACGAGGUUGCCAAGUGGCUUAUGAGCGCACCACAAGUCGCGCGAGACCGAGCACCUUUCUUCUGGACAUAUCUCGACAAGCCCACCGACGGCACAAUACUCUUGACUUGGCAGCCUCUUCAACGCUUGGGGACCAAUUUCGCUACAGAUGGCUAUGUGUGGGCUCCCCCAGAGCAGGUCUACAAGCAUGACCUGGGUAACGGACUGAUGCUCGAAAUUUACUACCAAAAGGCCGGCUACUUCCCUGGUGAACAAUACGCUCUCCACGCCCGUCGACGAUGCCGCUUAGUCCCCAUCCCUGGCCACCCCAACCCUCCUCAACCAGACGUCGGUCUGUUUAUCGUGCAUUACGGACCUGCCGAUCCCAACGACAGAGUCCCUGUCUCGAUGAUUCCCUUCGAUGAAAGAGUCAACAAUAUUAUGCAGCAGCGUCAUUUCUUGCAACGUGCUGGUCAGAUUCGUCGCAAGGAGUUUAUGUUGUCCGACCGGGUCAACUGGCCCCAGCUGCCAGAUCUCACAAGGCAGCCAGUGCCUCCCCAAAUGGCCCCCCGAGGUGUCCCUCAGCAGAUGGCAUAUCCCACACAACCUACGCCGGGUCCUCCUGCCAAGCGACCAAGACACGCGGCGAGCCAGGGAGGUCAGGCUCCUCUACCAGGAGCUCCGCAGGCAGAGGCCGCUUUUGAUGAUGAAGAAGAUGUCUCCAGAGGUGAUAUGUUUGAUCAUCUCACCCCAAGAGAGAUUUCAUUGAGCCGAUACCAACAGAACCACGAGUGGAUGGAGGAAAUCCUCUCGUCUCCUUACCGUAUAAGCCAAAUCACCCCAGCCGAUCUCAACCUUGGUUUCAAGGGCGAAUUAGCAUCGCUGACAGAUGGAAUCUUCCCGGCUCAAGGCGUUGAGGCCUUCACAUCAGGGCCUGAGAAGCCCUACAUCGGCCGCCUGGACCCUGACAAGGCCGAGGAAUUCCGAAAGCGAGUUAAUAAUCACAUCGAUUCUACCAAGUCCGAGAUCGAGAGGAUGCAGGCGGAUCAUGCUAAAGCUCUCGCUAAAUUCAAGGAGAACUCCUUGCUCAACACCAAGGAGAAGGAACUUCGAAAUAUUACUGAGGGCACAGGUACAGAGGUCUGGCGAAUUGAGGGCAAGGUCGACCCUAAUGAUGAGGACCCUGCCCCUCGUCCCACGAGCACGAAAACAGUCGAAGAGAUAGUAUCCGAGGUUGAGAAUGCCACUGGGAAGAAGGUUGAACCCAAGCCGACGGUGUUUCGUGUCCAAGAUGGAGGUUAUCAGCCACCAGCACCGGAGCCCGCCCAGGCAGGCACCUCACAAUUAUCCCGCCAGCCCUCGCAGUCUGGCUCGCAGAACAGUGGUAUCAUGAUUGGCGAGUCUGACAUCGAUAUGGACGGCACUGUUGCUGGACUGCUAGACCAGAUGCACACUUCCACCUCUACACCCCUGAACGCCUUUGGAACUCCCCAGCCCCAAGCAUCAGCUAAUCAAUCUGGAGUUGGAACCCCCUCCAACGCCAACACUGCGCCCGUUCCUGUUGGUGACGUGGCCAUGGGUGGAACACAAGAACUCAAGGACUCGAAUGUUACAGCCCCUGAUCAAGGAACUGGCAGUGGAGAUUGGGUGGUCGUGCCCAAGGAUGGCCCGUCAAACGAACAGGCUGAUCAACAGCCUGGAUCUGGCACCGCCUCCGUCAACGCGAACACACCUGUCGCGCCAGGAAUCGAUGCCACCAGAUCGGUAGCAAAGACCGCUUCUGCUGGUGCCACACCGGCCGCCGGAACACCCGGAGGCUCCGUCUCUUUUGAUCAGAACGACUUCAGCUCCUUGGGCGACCUCGACACAGCAGGCGAUGCUCUCGCCGGCUUCGAUGGCCCAACGCUAGAUGGCUCUGCAGGCGAGUUGGGCGAAGGCCUCGAUCUAAGCAUGGACAUGGAUGAUUCAGCGUUCGGCGAUGCCUUCCAUGGCGUCGAUACUUCCGGUACUCCUCAGGACAUGUAG